AUGAAAUCAAAGGAACUAGGGAGGAAGAGGAGUGGUGUUUGUGAGGAGGAGCAGCUGUCCUGCUGUGCUUUGUGUCAGGACGUCGUGAAGGAUCCAGUCUCUACCAGCUGUGGACACUGGUUCUGCAGACAGUGCAUCUCCUCAUACUGGGACCAGUCUGCUUCAUCAGGAGACUCUGCCUGUCCCCUUUGUGGAGAAAGAUCCAGAAACAGAGCUGGACUGCAGACAGCCAGUCAGAGCAGCUGUGUACAAACAGAUGUUGGUCUGCAGGAGGUUUUAGAUGAACAUAAGAUCAGUCUGAGGAGGAGAUGUGAACGUGUGACUGAAGGAAGUGAUGAAACAGGAAGCAGAACCCUCCUCAACACGAUCUACACUGAGCUCUACAUCACAGAGGGACAGAGUGAAGAGGUUCACACCCAACAUGAGGUGAGGCAGCUGGAGACAGCUUUCAAGAUGGACGCCCUCCAUGACAUUCCAAUAAAGUGCCAGGACAUCUUUAAAGCCUUACCUGACCAACAGAGACCCAUCAGAGUGGUUCUGACCAACGGCGUGGCUGGUGUUGGAAAAACCUUCUCAGUGCAGAAGUUCACUCUGGACUGGGCAGAGGGCUUGGAGAACCAACAUGUCAGUGUGGUGGUUCUGCUUUCGUUCAGGGAGCUGAACCUGAUCAGAGAUGAGCAGUACAGUCUUCUGGAGCUGCUCCAUGUUUUCCAUCCAACAUUACAGAAGGUCACAGCAGAGAAGCUCGCUGUGUGUAAACUUUUGUUCAUUUUUGACGGCCUGGAUGAAAGCAGACUUUCAUUGGAUUUUACCAACAGGAAGCUGGUGUCUGAUGUCACACAGAAGUCAUCAGUCAGCCAGCUGCUGACAAACCUCAUCCAGGGGAAUCUGCUUCCCUCGGCUCUCAUCUGGAUAGCUUCCCGACCUGCAGCAGCCAAUCAGAUCCCUCCUACAUGUGUUGACAGGCUAACAGAAGUACGAGGCUUCACUGACGCCCAGAAGGAGGAGUACUUCAGGAGGAGAUUCAGUGAUGAAGAGCUGUCCAGCAGAAUCAUCUCCCAUAUGAAGACAUCCAGGAGCCUCCACAUCAUGUGUAGUAUCCCAGUCUUCUGCUGGAUCACUGCUUCAGUUCUGGAGCACAUGUUGACUACACAGCAGAGAGGAGAGCUGCCCAAGACCCUGACUGACAUGUACUCACACCUCCUGCUGGUUCAGACAAAGAGGAAGAAGAACAAGUACCAUGAGGGACAUGAGACGAGUCCACAGGAGCUGAUUGAGGCUGACAGGGAAGUUCUUCUGAAGCUGGGGAAGCUGGCAUUUGAAAAUCUGGAGAAAGGAAACAUCAUCUUCUACCAAGAAGACCUGGAGCAGUGUGGUCUGGAUGUCACAGAGGCCUCGGUGUACUCAGGAGUUUGUACAGAGAUCUUCAAAAGAGAGUUUGUGAUCUUCCAGAAACCAGUCUAUUGCUUUGUUCAUCUGACCAUUCAGGAGUUUCUGGCUGCAGUCUACAUGUUCCACUGUUUCACCAACAGGAAGACAGAGGUGUUCAAGGACUUCCUGGGAGACUUUUGUAAUAAUUCUGACUCUGAUUCUGACUAUUAUGAUGUUUCUGAUUCAAGAGUCAUGGAGAAAUCCCUCCAGAGUAAAAAUGGCCACCUGGACCUGUUUGUUCGCUUUCUUCAUGGCCUCUCUCUGGAGUCCAACCAGAGACUCUUAGGAGGUCUGCUGGUUCAGACAGAGAACAGUCCAGAAACCAUCCAGAGAAUCAUCAACAACCUGAAAGAGAUGAACAGUGAUGAAAUCUCUCCUGACAGAAGCAUCAACAUCUUCCACUGUCUGAUGGAGAUGAACGACCUCUCAGUACAUCAGGAGAUCCAAGAGUUCCUGAAGUCCGAGAAAAGAUCAGAGAAGGAACUCUCUGAGAUCCACUGCUCAGCUCUGGCCUUCAUGUUGCAGAUGUCAGAGGAGGUUCUGGAUGAGUUGGACCUGCAGAAGUACAACACAUCAGAGCAGGGACGCCAGAGACUGAGUCCAGCUGUGAGGAACUGCAGAAAGGCUCGACUGAUUAAGUGUCGACUCUCAGAGAUUCACUGUGAAGUUGUGGCCUCAGCUCUGAAGUCCAACCCAUCCCAUCUGACAGAGCUGGACAUGAGUAAAAACACCCUGCAGGAUUCAGGAGUGAAGCUUUUGUGUGCUGGAUUGGAGAGUCCAAACUGUCAACUGGAGACUCUGAGAUUGUAUCGCUGUGGUUUAUCAAAGAUCAGCUGUGAUUAUCUGGCAACAGCACUGAAGUCCAACCCCUCCCAUCUGAGAGAGCUGGACCUGAGUGACAACAACCUGCAGGAUUUGGGACUGAAGCAGCUGUGUGGUUUUUUGGAGAGUCCAGGAUGUGGACUUGAAACUCUGAGAUUAAAGGACUGUGGUUUGUCAAAGAUCAGCUGUGAUUAUCUGGUAGCAGUACUGAAGUCCAACUCCUCCCAUCUGAGAGAGCUGGACCUGAGUGACAACCACAAGCUGCAGGAUUCAGGGGUGAAGCAGCUUUGUGGUUUUCUGGAGAGUCCAGGAUGUGGACUUGAAACUCUGAGAUUGAAGGACUGUGGUUUGUCAAAAAUCAGCUGUGAUUAUCUGGCAGCAGCGCUGAAGUCCAACCCCUCCCAUCUGAGAGAGCUGGACCUGAAAAACAACAACUUGCAGGAUUCAGGAGUGAAGCAGCUGUGUAGUUUUCUGAAGAGUCCAGGAUAUGCACUUGAAACUCUGAGAUUGGAGCGCUGUGGUUUGUCAGAGAUCAGCUGUGAUUAUCUGGCAACAGCUCUGAAGUCCAGCCCCUCCCAUCUGAGAGAGCUGGACCUGAGUAACAAUCACCUGCAGGAUUCAGGAGUGAAGCAGCUGUGUGGUUUUCUGGAGAGUCCAGGAUGUGGACUUGAAACUCUGAGACUGAGUGGCUGUAACCUCUCAGAGAGAAGCUGUGAAGCUCUGUCCUCAGUCCUCAGCUCCCAGUCCUCUAGUCUGAGAGAGCUAGACCUGAGUAACUCUGACCUGCAGGAUUCAGGAGUGAAGCUUCUGUCUGCUGGACUGAAGAGUUCACAAUGUGCAGUGAAAACUCUCAGUCUGUCAGGCUGUCUGAUCACAGAGGAAGGCUGUACUUCUCUGGCCUCAGGUCUGAGCUCCAACCCCUCCCAUCUGAGAGAGCUGGACCUGAGCUACAAUCAUCCAGGGGACUCCGGAAUGAAGCUGCUGUCGGCUGGACUGAAGGAUCCAGGCUGGAGACUGGACACUCUCAGGGUGGAGCCUGCUGGAGUCCGAUGGUUGAGACCAGGUCUGAGGAAGUAUUCAUGUCAACUCACAAUCGACACAAACACAGUAAACACAAACCUCCAACUGUCUGACAACAACAGGAAGGUGACGCAUGUGAAGGAGGCUCAGUCAUAUCCUGAUCAUCCAGACAGAUUUGAUGGUAUAUUGUGUCCUCAGCUGCUGUGUAGAAAUGGUCUGACUGGUCGCUGUUACUGGGAAGUCGAGUGGAGAGGAACGGUUUAUAUAUCAGUGAGUUACAGAAGAAUCAGAAGGAAAGGAGGCAGUUAUGACUGUUUGUUUGGAUACAAUGAUCAGUCCUGGAGUCUGAGCUGCUCUGAUACAUAUGGUUAUUACUCUGUCUGGCACAAUAACAGAGUAACAUCCAUCUCCUCCUCCUCUUCCUCUGUCUCUAACAGAGUAGCAGUGUAUGUGGACUGUCCUGCUGGCACUCUGUCUUUCUACAGAGUAUCCUCUGACACUCUGAUCCACCUCCACACCUUCAACACCACAUUCACUCAAACUCUUUAUCCUGGGUUUAGACUCUGGUCUGGGUCCUCAGUGUCCCUGUGCUGAGUUGAGUGUAAAGAGUGUCUCCUGUUAG